UCGCUCAGACCUCUUUCUCAUUAAUAUGGACAAGAUCAUUUUUGAAAUUUGCUCAAAAUGAAGAAAUUUGUGCGCGUUCUAGUCGUAGUGCUCACUUUUUUGUUAAGAUCAACCGAAUCCUUCGAGUGUGGCGUUCGCAAAGUAACCAUCAACAAGGUGAUCGUCCGCGGCCAGCACACAUCCCCCGGGGACUGGCCCUGGCACGCGGCCAUCUACCACCGGAGCGGAGUUUCGGACAGUUACGCGUGUGGCGGAACACUUUUGAGUGAGCGGUUCGUGCUGACGGCGGUCCACUGCGUUGAGGGUGUCAACGGUUACGUGCUUACGAGUAGGAAGAUCUUCGUCCGGCUGGGGGUGCACAACCUGCGAGUUCCGGACUUUUCGACCUGGCAACAGCACGAGCUGCUGAACGUUCAUCGGUGCGAGGAUGCCGCGAUGGGACUCAAGAAUGACAUUGCAAUUUUGGAGCUGAGCACGCUGGUCAAGUUCACGAGCCACGUUCAACCGGCUUGCGUUAAUUUGGUGAAAGAGUUGACGGAUCAGUUUGGGACGGCCGUUGGUUGGGGAAUUACCGAGGAUGACGAGGUGUCUUCGGCGCUGAAAGCAGCGAAAAUUCCGGUCGUCAGUACGAAUCAGUGUUUGGAAAGUAACGGUGGAUUUAGGCUGACGCUGGACAGCAGUGUUUUUUGCGCUGGAUACUUGAAUGGGACCACAGUUUGCAACGGUGAUAGUGGAGGUGGACUUCACUUUGAGCGGAAGGGAGUUUGGUACGUUGGAGGUAUUGUUUCGUUCACGGCCCCACGGGAUUCAAGUCUGCGAUGUCAAACGAAAAGCUACGCCGGAUUCACCAAUGUGUACCACUUUUUGCCCUGGAUACAGAACGUUACGCAACUUGAAUAUCUGAAGAAGUUUGUAAGACCAACUGCUGUUGCUCAUGAACGACAACGUCCGAAGCUGUUACCACAAGAUUGUGGAAGAUAUUUAGUCAACAAGAUCGUCCGAGGUACUACGGCUAAACUCAUGGAGUUCCCGUGGGUCGUCUUAUUAGUAUCCAAGAACGAAUCCCUCAAAUCAAGUUCAAGAUCUUGUCUGGGAUCGCUGAUCAGCAAUCGUUACGUGCUAACCUCCGGAAGCUGCAUCUCUUCAGACUCAUCAUACCAGGUUCUACUUGGCGAGUACAACCGCGAGAAGGAUCCGGAUUGCAGCCUGAACGACGACAGCGACUGUGCUCCGCCGGUUCGAACUCUGGACAUCGAAAUCACCAUUCGACAUCCACAGUUUAACGCAGUGACUCUUCAGAACAAUAUCGCGUUGAUUCGACUACGGCAGGAGAUCAUAUUUGAAGAUCACAUCCAGCCGAUUUGUCUCCCGCUGACUCAGUCGUUGAAGCAGAAAACUCCAAGUCAGUACAUCGUCACCGGUUGGGGGCACACCAAGUGGAGGGACACGUGGAUCAGAGUUCUUCAGAAAGCCGUAACGCCCUCGAUCGCACUUGAAGAGUGCAAGUCGGGGAUCAAGCCGUCAUUCUACGUUGGACCCGGUGUUCUGUGUGCCGACCGGAAAGGAACUGCCGGUUCUUGUCUAGAGGAUCUUGGUGGUCCAAUGGGCUUCCCGUUUCUGCUCAAAGAUGUCCGCUUUGUCCAGUAUGGUAUUACUUCGUUGUACGGAUGCGGUGAUGGUUCUUCGGUCUAUACCAAUGUUGCUUAUUAUGUAGAUUGGAUAAUUGGAAAUAUGGUACUUUAA